UGUAGGCUGGGACCCGAGGGGUUUGGAAGGUGGGAAGGGGAUCAGGGCUGGGGCAGGGGGUUGUGGUGUAGGAAGGAGUGCAGGCUCUGGCUGGGGAUGCUGGCUGUGGGACUUGGGGGUGUAGGAGAGUGCUCUGGGCUGGAAUGGAGGGGUUUUGAGGGUGGGAGGGAGAUCAGGGCUGGGGCAGUGGGUUGGGGCACCAGGAGAGGCUCAGGGAUGAAGACUCUGGCCGGCGCUUACUUUAAGUGGCUCCUAGAAGCAGUGGCAUGUCCCUUCCCCAGCUCCUAUACAGAGGCACAGCCAGGUGGCUCUGCACGCUGCCCUGUCCACAGGCACUGCACCUAUAGCUCCCAUUGGCUGCAGAGCCCCUUAGCUGCUCCUUCAUGUGGGAGCCAUGCCGCUGCUUCUAGGAGGUGCGUGAAGUGACUCUCAACCUUGCUCCCCUGCUGGAGCACCAGAGUGGGGUAAGCCCCUGACCCCGCUCCCCAGUGGGAGCUUGAGGGCUAGAUUAAAACAACUGGCAGGCUGGAUCCAGCAUGCAGGCCAUAGUUUGCCCAUCCUUUAUCUAGAUGCUCUGACUUGCAUUUGGCUGUAUAAGAAUAGUCACUACCUGUGUAAGGUUCUGAAAUAGAUAUGGUAUAAAUAUGUUACUGUCAACACAUGAAACAAAAGAAUGCAUCGAAACAUGGUUAUGCUAUCAUGCUGCUUUUGGUACAAGAGUCUGUUUAGUACCUUCAGUGACUAACCCGUUGAUCAAGGCAAAAAGAGCUUCCCCAUUUUGACCUGUAAUAAUCACCUCUAAAGAGGAUACUGUCCUCAUUCCUGCUUAGCUUUCUUUUCCUCAAUACAUGACCAAACAAACCAAAACAGUCUAUUAAAAUAAUCAUGUUAGUUCUACAGCCUGGGAAGGAAGAAAGACUAUUGUUUCUAAAUGCUAGGGAAUCUAUAACUCUGAUAGCAGUUCCCCUUCCCUAUGUAACUUUCUGUUCAGCAGUGCAAAUCUUGGGAAUAUGCCGACAUUAAUAUUGAACACGUUCUAUAUAGCAAAGUAAUCCUACUUCUUGGAAUGUGUAUGGUAUGUACAUAAGUUCAAAGAAUGAAAUAUGUUGUAUUCAGAAAUAUGGAAUAACAUUCUGGAUUGAGCAAUUUAAUUUCCUUGCUUCCAGAUAUCUUUCUUCCUUGAAACUUCAGAGCAUGAGAGAAGUGAUGCCUAAUUAUCACACAUAGAAUUCAUGCAUACAUGAGAGGCUCAUUUGCAAGAUAACUAUCUCAUAUUUAAAGAAGAGGGGAAAGUCAUUCCCAGCUUUGUUUUUGGCAACUGAGUUUCCUGAAGUGAUAACGAACAUCUACAGUCCAAACAGCAGAAUAUUGUAUCACUGCAUUACUCAGACACAGGACACUGGUUUCUUCAUAUCGAGAGAAACUGAAAUUAAUCUAACAACACUCGGAAUGGGAAAAGAUUAUUAUUCAAUUUUGGGAAUUGAAAAAGGGGCUUCUGAAGAAGAUAUCAAAAAGGCUUACAGAAAACAAGCCCUUAAAUGGCAUCCGGAUAAGAACAAAUCACCCCACGCGGAGGAAAAAUUCAAAGAGGUUGCAGAAGCCUAUGAAGUGCUGAGUGAUCCCAAAAAGAGAGACAUUUAUGAUCAGUUUGGGGAAGAAGGGUUAAAAGGAGGAGCUGGAGGACCUGAUGGACAGGGUGGCACCUUUCGAUACUCUUUCCAUGGUGACCCACAUGCCACAUUUGCAGCAUUUUUUGGUGGUACAAAUCCUUUUGAGAUCUUCUUUGGGAGAAGAAUGCCUGGUGGCAGAGACACCGAAGACAUGGAAGUGGAUGGAGAUCCUUUUGGAUCCUUCACUAGUUUUAGCAUGAAUGGAUUUCCAAGAGAAAGGAAUACAGUUGGUAGCCAGCCUCGUCGUAAACAAGAUCCCCCGAUUAUCCAUGAACUUAAAGUAUCAUUGGAAGAGAUAUAUCAUGGCUGCACAAAAAGGAUGAGAAUUUCCCGAAAAAGGCUGAACCCAGAUGGUAGAAGUGUCCGAACAGAGGACAAAAUCCUCACCAUUGAGAUCAAGAGAGGGUGGAAAGAAGGCACCAAAAUCACUUUCCCAAAAGAAGGUGAUGAAACACCCAACACUAUCCCAGCCGAUAUUGUUUUUGUCAUUAAAGACAAAAGUCAUUCGCUCUUCAAGAGAGAUGGUUCAAAUAUUAUCUAUCCUGUUAAAAUCAGUUUGCGGGAGGCUUUAUGUGGCAGCUCGGUCACCGUGCCAACAAUAGAAGGAAGAACCAUACCUAUGACAAUAAAUGAGGUUGUAAAGCCUGGGAUGAGGAGAAGAAUUAUAGGAUAUGGGUUGCCGUUUCCCAAAAAUCCCGACCAACGUGGCGACUUAAUUAUAGAAUUUGAAGUAAAUUUCCCAGACAAUAUACCUCCAGCAUCAAAAGAAGUACUUAGGAGAAAUCUUCCUGUUUCAUAAAGGAAUGGACUGUGUUAACACUGUUUCAGCAGGACACUGAAAAUGCAGAAGACUGGCAAAUUCAUGCUGUAAAAGUGCAAUCUAUAUCCAUUUGUGGAAUAUUCAUUUUCUUUUCGUGGGGUGGAGGGAGGGAAUACUGUAAUGCUGCAUGAGAAGAGAAUGGUUAAAUACAAGUCACGCGGGUGACUCUUGCAGUAAAACAUACAGGGAAAACCACUCACUGUAUCUUACUUUAGAUCUUCCUAAUCAGAGAGUUUAUUCAGUAUUUUGCUUACAUGUAAAAUGUAAUCAUUUCGCAAAAACUCAGUGCACAUAUUUCUAAUAAAGUACUUGAGCAUCCAAGUACUUUAUUUCAUGUAUCUCUUGAUUAUCUAUGUGAUGCUACCCGCCAAUAUCAGAAAUCAGAAUUCAUAGUAGAAAUAUGCUCAUUUAAUAUCCAGAUAUUUAAGGAGACUAAAGCAUUAACUGACACCAUUUAGAUUUGAAGGCUCACAUGCUACGUUCCAUUUCACAAAGCAAAGGCUAGCUAAAUCUGUUUGUAGAGCUUCUGAACCCACAAAAGAGGUGAGCCUUCUUCCAGCUGCCCCAGAUUUUGUGAGGGCUGUACUGAAGCAUUAGGGGAGAACACAUGGCUCUGGAGAAAGGAGUACAGGUAUAGCCACUCUGUGACAUGCUCCCUUCAGAAAUCCACUUGGGGAAUACUACUAAUCGGUGCUAACACCCAUUCCCUAGGAAUGGAUUUCAGUCCAACCAUUGGCAGGACAACAUGGUAUCUUAGCUCCAGAAGGCUGUCCAUGGAACGGUGUAAAUAAAGGCGCUUGGCUUACACACACAUUUCAAGAUCAUGCAUAACUCAGGACAUCUGUAGAGUUCAAGGGCUGAACCAUAUACCACUUCCAUAAGAGAGAAGGGACAAAGCCCAGCUCGCAGCUAAAGGAUUCUGAGGAAACUUUUUGGGCCUGAUCUGAAGCUCAUUUAAGCCAGUGGAAGUCUUUCCGUCAAUUCAGUGAACUUGGAUAUGUUCCUUUGUGAAUAGAAACAUGUUACCUAGCACUUAAGGUGAAAAAACAUAUGUAGGGGAAGGAGAGAGCCUUCAGUAAUUGAGUCUAGUAUCAUAACAUGCUAUAGGGCUGGUUCCCUUGGUUGCAGUAUGGUUUUGGUCAUAUAAUUGCCUUGCAGACUUACUUUCAUAACUUAGGUUUUAAAAACAUGCCACAGUGCUUUAAUAAUGACAUUCUUAAGGGAAGAUUUAUUGUUCUUUAUAAGAAGAUAAUAUUACUCUUAUUUGCAGUCAUUCUUUUACCUGUGGAAAUCUACUAGUUACCUUCUCUGAGUAAUUUAGGUUAUAACAGGGUGUUUAGCAAUGUCAUAGAAAUGAUUUUCUGUAGAAAGGUGGAUUGUGAGAGUUAGGGUUAAUUUAGUUAGCCUUUUUUUUAAUGAGCCCUAGCACAAAAGAAUCCCACUUCAAUUUUUCAAAGCAACACAUUCCUAGAAGAUACUGUCAAUUUUUUAACUACAGUUUCUCUUUCAUACAGUUGACAUAUAUGAUAGUGUAAAUCAUAUUCAUUUGCAGUCCUGAACAAACAGGGAACCUGAACAGUUGGGGGAGUGAGACUAGAAAGGCAAAAAAAGUUUUUAAAUGAAUUGCUACCUACUGCUUAUGCCUAUUGUUAUCGUUAUAUAUUGUGUUUAUGCAUUUAAAAUAUUUCCAGUUUCAGUAUGUUCUGUAUGGCAUUUCUCAUGUGUUUUUUAAUAAACUUGUUUUUAACUUUU